CAUUAACUUGGUUGGCAGAGAGAAGAAGCAAAUUACCUGACAACGAAAUGUACAGUGUGGUGUACAAGCAGGAGCAGGCGCACGAUGACAGUAUCUGGUGUGUGGCUUGGAUGAAAAGUGAUAGGGAUGGAGUUGAGAACAUCGUCACUGGAUCAGUGGACGACUAUGUCAAAUGCUGGAACUGGGAGAAUGAUGAACUAAAAUUAAAAUGGACCUUGGAAGGACAUCAACUUGGAGUGGUUUCUGUAGACAUCAACCCAACGGGAACAAUUGCAGCCUCAAGUUCUCUUGACAGUCAUAUCAGAUUAUGGGAUUUAGAGGUCGGCAAACAGAUGAGGUCAAUCGAUGCGGGUCCAGUUGAUGCAUGGACGAUAGCUUUCUCACCCGAAGGCCGCUUCUUAGCGUCCGGUAGCCAUGUUGGAAAGAUCAAUCUGUUUGGAGUGGAGAGUGCAAAGAAAGAGUCCCAGCUAGACACCAGAGGCAAAUUCACACUCAGCAUAGCAUAUAGUCCAGAUGGAAGGUUUUUAGCAAGUGGAGCUAUCGAUGGCAUUGUCAAUAUAUUUGAUAUUCAGUCAAGUAAACUGCUUCACACAUUAGAAGGUCACGCUAAGCCGAUCAGGUCACUGUGUUUCUCUCCAGACUCUCAGCUGUUAGCAACUGCAUCAGAUGAUGGACAGAUCAAAAUAUAUGAUGUACAACAAGCCAACCUUGCUGGAACCCUCUCUGGUCACAGCUCAUGGGUGACUGGUAUCCACUUCUGUCCAGACAACACACAUUUUGUGUCCAAUUCAUCAGACAAGACAGUCAAGGUGUGGGACUGUGGAACAAGACAAUGUGUAGCAACCUUCUAUGAUCACUACGACCAGGUUUGGCAAGCAAAGUACAAUGGCAAUGGAUCCAAGAUGGUCUCGGUAUCGGAUGACAAGGCAAUACACAUCUAUGACUGCCCCAUCUAGAUUCUAACAGAAGAGUAUUAAAGGACAUAUCAUCAAUGUUAUAUUUGCUCAAGAUCACAAUUGGCCUGUUCGUGGUUGACACCCCCCCCCCCCCAAGUACCCAUUUAGGAAAGUCACCCCUUGGACAGUUACCCAUAUACACAGCUAUCAAGUUGUUG